AUGCGCCUUUUGUCGUGUGUUUUGGCGCUCUGCUGCGGGUCCCUGUGCGUGAGUUUGGCGCCCGCGGUGGAGUUUAACGUGGAGGAUGUCGCAAAGACAGCGGACUUUCAGAGGGAUGACGAGCGCGCACGAAGUUUGGGGCCAAGAAAGUCGUCGCAGAUCAGCCCAAUGUGGCGACGCAGAAGUGUGAAUGGAGAGGACGCCUGUGUAACUUUAGAGGACGCGGAUUCUGUGCUGCAGAACAACACGCACACGUUCACAUUCAAGGUGAGGACCAUGGGCUCCCUGUCGCUGGCCUGGGUGGGAGAUGGAUCAGGGGUCUUGCUGGUGCUAACCACGUUUCAUGUCCCUUUGUUCAUGCUGCGUUUGGGACAGUCCAACCUCUACAGAAGUGAAGAUUAUGGAAAAACAUUCAAAGACGUCACUCACCUCAUUAACCACACGUUCAUACAGACGGAGUUUGGGAUCGCCAUCAGUCCCGACCACUCCGGCAAAGUGAUUUUAACCGGAGACGUUGCGGAUCUUGGCAAAGUCUACAGAUCGCAUAACUUCGGUCUCCACUUUGAGGCCAGUGACCUUCCCUUCGAGCCUCUCAUCCAGAUGCUGUUCAACCCCGAAGACUGCAACGUCCUCCUGACUCUCAGCAUCACGUUGGACCUAUGGUUGUCUGAGGACUUUGGCGCCACCUGGAGGAAGAUCCAUGACAGUGUUUGUUUGGUGCGAUGGGGUCCAAACAACAACAUUUUCUUCACCACAAAUUAUAAUGGAUCAUGCAACGACAAAGGGAGGCUGGAGUUGCGGCGGUCGUCUGAUUACGGCAGUAGUUUCAAAACCGUGGCCUCCAGAGUUUACUCCUUCGUUCUGGGCGGACGCUUCGUGUUUGCCUCGAUAAUGACUGGUUCAGGCACCGAGCGGACAAUCCAUGUGUCUGUGGACGGAGGUGAGCUGUGGAACUCUGCUCAGCUGCCCACGGUCAACCAAGAGCAGUUCUACUCCAUCCUCUCAGCCAAUCAGCAGCUGGUAUUCAUGCACGUGGACGACCCUGGAGACUCUGGAGUGGGGACGGUCUACGUAUCUGACGACAGAGGGACAGUGUUCUCCAAGUCUCUAGAGCGCCACCUGUACACGACCACCGGAAGUGACACCGAUUUCACUGUGGUGUCUUCACUCAGAGGAGUCUACAUGACCAGCGUCCUCACAGAAGAUGGAUCGGUGCAGACGGUGAUCACGUUCGACCAGGGCGCACGCUGGCAGCCGCUGCGGAGCCCAGAGAACUGUGACUCCGACACCAACAGACCUCACGGGAUCUAA